UUGUUAAAUUUUGUGAGUAAUGAUGGAACUUAUGAUCGUGAACCGUCCUUCACGACUGUUUCAUUUGUAGAUGUUGAUCAGGAAGGCACUUAUGCUUCUGGUAGUCAAGAUGUUGCCUCUUAUUCGCCUCCAGAAGAUUGGACGCCAUCCAUCAGCCCGAUUGUUGUACACACCAGCGUGCUGAGUCGAAUAUGCGCCGAUUCCGGCACCGGCCAGAGGGCAGAAUGGUCUUAUUUGCAGAAGUUCUUUGCGUCGAUCGUUGUUUUGGAAAAGAUCAAGGACCAGAACGUUGGUGUCUGGCGGCCCGGCCAAGUUAACAUUAAUAGCAGCGUGUUCGACUUCAAAUUCUACAUCGACCAGACGUCGUUGUCUCAAGUACUGGUGAAGAUAACAAAAAACGGUACGUAG